AUGUCGCCUGCGGUGAAGAAUAUGGAGCCUAGCCUGGAUAUUAGCUUCCAAGACUAUUUGGCGCUUUCUAAACUCGUCUUUGACUGGGCUGAUAGCUAUGACUCCAAGGCUAAUGAUGUGGACUACACGAAGAUCGGCCUUCAAAGAUGGGACGAUAUGCCUGCCGACAAGUACAUGGCCCUGGUCACCCAUCCCGGCUUCUUGGGUGACCCAACGGUCAAGACACAGCACUUGCUGGGCGAGACCUGGUGGGAGAAGAUCUCCGAUACGGAAGUCAUUGGACACCAUCAGCUACGUGCCGCCCAUCAGGUAUACACUGAUGCUGACUUGAAAGAGGUCAAACUGCGAGGCCAUGGCCAUGCUACCAAUGAGCAUUACUACCGAAAGGUUGACGGGGUUUGGAAGUUUGCUGGAUUGAAGCCCGACGUACGGUUCAACGAGCUGCGUUUUGAGGACGUUUUCGCGGGUGUCGGAGAUGAUGUCUGA